UCAAAAUUAGAAUGUCAUUUUGGCAUCUGUCACUAUGAAAUUCUAACCUAGCUUCGUGAAAUUUAAAAUGAAAUAUUUUUUGAGUGAAAAUAGAUGAUGAAUUUCAAUAAAAAAUAUAAAACGUAAACUCAGUUGUGCUAACGCCACCUAAGAUGGGUGCUUUAGUGACCAGAGCUUUGAGACCGAUCAGAUCUUUCAACAUUGAGAACCGUGCUCAUCGUGUUAUUUCUAAAGAAAAGCCUGACCCGGCGCCCACCUAUCCCCAAAAUAUCGCGGAUUUGAAAAGGACUCUUGAAGCGGUUCCUGAUAUUGACGAGAAGCUGGAUAAGAAAGACCCAGGACUUGAUGAUAGACUUAAGGAUGUUUAUGUAACCUCUCACGGGAGGCCUGAAGAUGACAUUACGCGAGAGCGGCAACGCCAGAGCACUGAUAGGCCUCUGCCUCAGAACCGUGAACUUUUAGAAGAUUAUGAAUUGGGUUUUAAAGAGCCAGAACGCGUUUCUUACGGAAAAACAACUCUCCGACACGCAAUAGACUUUAUAGGGGCGCAUCAAAUGAAUCCCAAAGAAGCUACUCCUUCCAAAAUAGCCUUAGAGUAUAAAUUGAAAGAAGAUGAUGUGCAUAGUGUGUUGAAGUACUUUAAAACGUUUGAGGUUUACAUACCAAAAAGCAAGACAUCCCCAGCAAUCUUUGCUGGGCCAGCUACAUCCAGAAAAAAGUUGGAAGAACAUGAAGCUACCAAUAAAUUAGAGAGUGGUGACAGUAAGAAGGUUUUAGUUAAUGAAGAGAGUGUUAAAACAUAAAAUUUUUAUAGACCUUUAUGAAUGAAUAAUGUAUAUUGAAAAUCUAAUUGCUAUGAAUAAUAUUGUGGUUCAUUGCUUGUGGUUUAAAAUCAGCACUUCUCUUAGUGGGGGUUAAAGCACACUAUCAAAAAAAGUGAUAAAUGUUAAAUUAUAUUAUUUUAAAGCUUAAUGUUUCAUCAAAACUGCAUUCUUAAGAUAUCUGUUGAAGUUAUCAUAAACCUUUACUAAAACUAACUAAGAGAUUGAUUUAAUAUUUAUUUAGUGAGUGAGAAGAACAAAUUUUGAUUACAAACCUACCUACCUACCUAUAAAAGUCAUAGCAUAUUAUAUUU